AUGGUCCCCAUUAACCUCGUCCGUUCCUCCAAUGCAGCCCUCCGCUCGAUCCCCUCUACUUCUCACUCUGCAGGGAUAACCGCCCUCUUCGUCAGCGGCACAAGCGGAAUCGGCCUCUAUACUCUACGCGCUUUGACAAGGCACACAGAAGGCAAAGCGCUAACGGUAUAUAUAGUCGGACGAAGCGCCUACCGCGCGAAACCAGUCCUGUCUGAACUGCAGCGCAUAAGCCCGCGAGCACGGUUUACUUUCAUCGAAGCGGAUGUCUCGCUCAUCAGAAACGUGGACAGCGUCUGUAAGAAGGUCAUAGAGAGCGAAAAGGGAGGAAAAGGGAAAUUGGAUUCUCUGUUCAUGACGCCCGGCGGGAUUUCAAUUCCCUUUAGGAGGAGGGAGACAUCCGAAGAACUUGAUCGCCUCUUCGCCUUGCGCUACUAUGCCCGCAUGCGAAUCAUCCAGAAUCUCCUCCCUUUGCUUGAAUCUGAACUUGAACCUUCCACCUCACCAGGGCCAAACUCUAUCCCUAGCAGGAUGGUAUCCAUUCACGGUAGUGGCUUUGAAUACGGCAUAAACUUGGAUGACCUCAACCUAAAGCACAAUUUCUCCCUACUAAAUGCCUGCAACACUCCAUUACAAUGACCUC